CAAACUCGGCCCACUGAACUGUAAUGUCAGAUACACUUUCUCUCUCUCUGCUCCCGUGCCGUAGAGCGGCCCCAGUCACGCAUUUUGUUUCGUACUCUCCCCCUUUCCCUCUUCUUGCGUGUUAACUGACUGCGGUGUUACAUAUUCGACGUUGUUGUUGCAGCCUUUUUUUUGGAUAUUCUCCCUGGCUCUAUCGAAACGGGCCAUUUCGCUUACCUCGAGUACUUCGGGCGGAAUGACAAAGAAUGAUAUUAUUUUUGUGUGAUUUAUUCAUCAGUCAAUUAAAAGGUGACGAGUAUGGCGGCCCCGACGCUGCCGCCGCCAGCGGGUCUUCCAGACCGUUGCCCGGGCGCGGCCUGACGCGACGCGAUGGCCCGCAAGCUGCGACCCCCGGACGCCGGCCGCCGCGCGCGCGCGCACUGCCUCUCCCUGUUCCUGUGUCUGGUGUGCGCCGCCUAGGCGCCUGAGCCCGGGCGCCCACAACGAGGUUCGCCGCCCCGGCCAGCAGACAACCGGCCACGCGCCUCGCCCUGGCCGACGGCUGGUCCUCUACCAAGGAGCAGCUGCGCUCAGCUGAGGAGGCAGCCAUGGAGGCGGCCGCGCCGCAGCCGCAGACGGCGCAGCCCGGCUGCGGGCCGAGCGCGCCUGGCGCCUCGCCGGCCGGGUCGCCGCCGCCGCCCGGGGGCAGCGCCACCACCAGCGUCGGCGUCGGCCUCGGCCUCGGCGUCGGCGUCGGCAGCUACGCGCACAGCGUCGACCUCAUCAUCGGCGACUUCAUGGAGCGCCUCGGGUCGCGGCUCAGCAUCCUCGAGACCGAGCUCAAGUACGCGUGGAGGGCGCUCGACCUGCUGUCGCAGGAGUACCUCAAGAUGUGGGAACGCCUCGAGAAGCUCGAACUGCUGCUGUACGAGCAGCAGGCCGUGAUCGCGCAGCUGCUCGACUUCUACACGGCGGUGGGCACCGGCGAGGCGGGCGACGAGCGCGUGCCCGUCGUCACGGCCGAGGACCUGGAGGCGGAGCGGCUCUCGCGGGAGAUCACGUCGCUGCUGCAGCAGACCGCGUCAGCGUCGGCGUCGGCGUCGGCGGCGGCGGCGGCCGGCCCGUCGGCGGCGGCGGCGGCUGCGGGGGCGGCCGAGCGGCGCGCGGCGGCCGUGGCGGCGGCGGCGGCGGCUGCUGCUGCAGCUGCGGCGGCGGCGGCGGCGUCGGGUGCCGACGACGUGCUGCACGUGCCCGACGAGGCCUUCUACCGCAGCCUCAACAACGCCUACCGUGACGACCUGGUGACGCCGGCGGACGUGGCCGCCGUGGCGCCCAUCGCGACGUCGCAGCUCGGCAUGAUCUGGGAGGAAGCGGAGGACGUGGAGGAGAACGGCGCUUCCGUCACUGUCACCACCAAGGAAGAGCAGCCGAGCGCCGGUGAAGGUAGCAGCGUGGGCGACGCCGAGGAAGAGGUGGAGGUGUACAGCGCGCUCGACUACAAGGACUACCGCGGGGACUCCCCUUGCGUGAGCGAGCAGGACCUGGCGCGGCUGAGCGCCAUCGACCAGGUCGCGCUGGAGAAGCUGCAGGAGCUGGACCGGCUGACGUCGAAGCUGCAGAGAGACUCGCGGGACCUGCGCGAGCUGCAGGACCGCCUGCUGCUGGACACGCCGGCCGGGUCGGCGCUCGCCGAGGAGAAGGCCGCCGCCGCCGCGGCCGCCGCCGCCGCCGGCGACACCAGCGUCAUCGACCAGCAGCUACGCCAGAUCUACGUGGACGCCGACCUGGACGGCUGGAGCUGCCUGUCCGAUCUGGGCAAGUCGCGCUCCAGCUCGCGCCUCUCCACCGACAGCGGCACCACCGACCCGGAGGUGGCAGCCGCGCUGCGCUCGGCCGGCCUGCCGUCGCCGGCAGGCAGCCUGCGCACGCGGCAGGACGGCUACGUGGGCGGGCCGACGCCGCCGCCUCCCCCUCCGCCGCCGGCGCCGUCGGGCCAGCGCGGCCAGCUGGACCUGGACCUGUCGGCGACGCCCAGCCCGUCGCCUUCGAGCCCGCCACCGCCAGCGCCGCCGGACCACUUCCCUCUGCCCGGCCAAGACACCCUAUCUUCCGCCGCGUCUUCGAGACCGCCUCCACCCGGGAGCCCGGCGCCGUUCGCGGCUCCCAAAUCUGCGUCAAUUACUUCUCUCUCUUCCGAGCUGCUGCAGCAGCAGCAGCAGCAGGGUAGGCUCAGUCCGAGGACGCCGCACUCCCCGAAGUCGCCGCGAAUGUCUCCAAAAAAUGUGCUCAAGUUGUCUUCGUCCUCGUCGUCGGCCGCGCAAGCGAUGGUAGCGGCUGCGGCAGCGUCGGCGACGAGUAACAUAUGUACCGCCAAAUCGGAUUCUGGGCUGUCGUCUAUGAGCGGUUGGUCGAGUGUCGAAAAGUCACCCGGGUCGCCCAAGAGCUCGUCCAACAAGACCCCGCCUUCCUCGUACGCGACGGCGGCGGAAGCGCUGAUGCUGGGGAAGGCGGACGCAUUCCCGCAGCCGGGCGACGUUAGCCCCCGUCCGCACACCAGUUCCUACGGCGACUUCCUGUACCGCAGCGAGCAGCCGGCCAUAUACUCCGUAGCGGGCAGCAACCGCCAACAACAGGCCUACACUUCGGUCUACACUAGCGGUACGGCGAGUUACAAGCCUACCGUAGGGGGAUUCCCCGACCUCGUCGAACCGUGCAACAACAACGAACAAAACAAUCUAGUCGGCGGCUACCGCAGCUACCGAGACGACCUUCAACAGCAGCAAACUAAUUACCGUUACAACGACCGAGGAAGCAGCAGUGACCGCAAAUAUCAGCAGCAGCACCAGCCGGUGUACCGGUACUACCCCGACAACGAGACGCCGAGCUCUUACCGCUACAUGGCCGAGCCACGAGGGCAGCCACCCACCAGGAGUCUGUCGACGAGCGUAUACCCCACUACGUCUGCUCCCGUCGGUCAGCAGUAUCCUAGCAAAAAGUCCCUCCAGCGCGGCCAUUCGACGGGCUCUGUUCCCAGCCAGGGUGUUUCCAAUAUGGAGGGCUACAAGACGGCCAUGUACAGGACUAUGUUCCCCACCGGCAAUAUAACUGACGCUCUUUCUUAUUAUCCCACAAGCAAUCGCUACGACAAUAAUGUAAUGAUGCAGCAGCAGCAACUGCAGCAAAUACAAGGCGGUAACUAUGCCCAGCAGUGGACACCACUGGAUCAACAACAGAGUAUCGGUGUUUCAGGAAUGACUAUGAAACGUGACCACACGUCUAGUUCGAUUAGGUCCGUCGAGACGACGCAGCAGCAACAGCAGGAUCACGCAUAUAUGAUAGCACAGUAUGACCCGAGACGGCAGCAGGACGCUAUAUCGGAUAGACGAGAAGAUUACGGUGGUCCACGCGAGUACACCUGGAGCCAGCGGUCAGAUUUAGAGCUAGAUCUACGCAAUAGGAACCUUCCCGAGCACCACCACCUCAUACAAGACGGUCAAGAGUACUUCGAUCCGAGCAGUGUGAUAGUGUCCCAGUCUGGUUACAUCUCCAUAGCAGCCGAUAUCAAAGAUCCAACCUACGCAGUGGAGGAGCGGUCGAGCAAGAGGGGAAAGCUGAAAUCUGCCAUGAGCUCAGUCAGCAGCUGGCUGCCAGACUUGCACCUGUCUAGCAAGCGACACCGCUCCCAUUCACUGCCGGCUGGCGUGCGCCGCGAAGAUCUGACGAUGGGAGGCAAGGCGACCAGUCGCACAAACGCCGCCUCCAAACAACAGUACGUCAGCACGCUGCCCCGCAAAAAGAAGAAGAACCCUCUGGUUUCUACGGUCUCGGGCAUCUUGCAGAAGGCCAAACGUAAGGGCGGCAGUGGUGCCCACUCACUGUCAGACCCGGAACAGUCGGAAACGGAGUGGAGCGGACGAACCAGCGUCGUAUCCGACAGCGAGGAUAGUGUGUUCUCCGAUGCUGCAACGCCAGAACACGGUCCUGUAUUCGUCAAAGUGCAACGACAACAGCAACAACAACAACAACAGCAGCAGCAGCAGCAGCAGCAGCAGCAGCAGCAACAACAACAACAACAGCAGCAGCAGCAACAACAACAACAACAACAGCAACAGCAACAUCAGCAGUACCUGCAGGAGCAGGCGAUACUAAUUCAACAACAGCAACAGCAACUUAUGGACCAGGAACAGCUGUCCCUCCAGCAACAGCAGCAGCUACUGCAGAAGCAACAGCAGCAGAUCGAGAAGCAACAGCAACAAAUCGACAAACAGCAACAGCAGAUCGAGAAGCAGCAGCUACAGUUGAAAAUAGAAGAGUCCAACUUGGCGGCUGCGCAGCCGGAACCCAAAGCGGAGAUACCGAAAAGCAGCAGCAAGCCGAUCGACCUGGCCGAGUCGGCGUCGCUGUUCGCGACGGUGGGCGACGUGAAGCGCAGUUCGGUGCCGACGCAGCCGGCGACCAGCCCGGAGGACGGCGCGCCACCGCCCGCCGACAAGAUCCACCUGCCGCCAGGGGCCAUCGGAGGCGCGUCGCGCGAGUUUGCCGUGUCGCGGGCGCUCGGCAAGUACCGCCAGAGGCAGUCCUCCACCGUGUCCGAGGACCAGGACGCUGUCGGCACGGGUGCCAACAAGAUGGCCGACGACAGCCAGUCGCAGAUGUUCUCGGAAGAGGAGGACGAGGAGUUGGAGCAGCAGCAGCAUCAGGAGACGGAAGUGGAGCGGAAAGUGAAAGCGAUGCAGGAGGGAAACGAGCCAGCCCCGCAGCCGGCCCCCCGGACGGAGCCAGAGUGGCAACAGCAGCCGCCGCAGCCGCAGCCGCCGCAGCCGCAGCAGGCAGCACCCCACCAGCAGCUGCCGGCGUUGCCCUCUGCUGAGGGAAGCCCCUCGCAGUCCGGCGUGCGGGGCGCGACGCCAGGGGGCCCCCCUCCGCAGCCGCGGCAGAGCCUCGAGGUGCCCUGGGGCCGCGACCUGCCGCAGGCGCAGGACGACGACGUGCGCAGCACGCACUCGUGGCGCAGCGCGUCGCGCGUGUCGUCACGCCGCCAGAGCACCGAGGACAGCAUAGACAGCGAGGACGAGUGGUACUGCUACGAGCUGCGCAAGCUCGAGGAGCUGGAGCGCCGCGUAGAGACCGGCGUCGCCGGCCGGCGCGACAGCUUCGACCAGCAGGUGCUUCUCGAGCCGGAGCCACCGUCGUUCGAGCCGGGCGAGGACAUCAAGGAGCAGAUGUCCUUCGUCCUGCAGGAGCUGCGGCUCAAGACGCGCCUCGUGGAGGCAGACGAGCAACCUCGCAGGGUCAGAGCCUCCGACCUAUGGGGACCCGAAGAAGAGGACCAAGCCGAGGUGCCGCCCACAGGGGCAGCUACAGUCCCGGCCGAUGAGAGGCGCCGCUCCUCCGACGAAGAGUCUUCGUCGGGGGAGACGAGUGGCCCCGAUAGCCCCGACGAGGACGACAUGCUGUACGACGAAAUGAGGGAGGCGGAGCGCGGCCCUGUGUCUGUACAGGAGCACGAGGGGCCGACGGCGGCCGACCGAGACCGCGAGCAGCUGGAGGGCGAUUCUGCCGCCACCCCAGCGGCGAUGGCGCCGCCUCCAGCAGCGGCUGACGGCGCGGAGGAGGUGGCCGCGGUGGCGGCAGCGGGGGCGGCGGCUGCGGGGGCGGGAGGUCCCGGCAGCAAGUGGAAGCUGCUGAAGGCGCUCAAGGAGCGCAAGGCGGAGGAGAAGAUACACGAAGCGGCCGCCGCGGCGACCCCGGGCGCCAGCACGUGCGCCAGCACGGCCGCUUCUAAUGGAGCGGGAGUUGGCAGUGAAAGUGGCGGUCGAGGAAAUGGCCAUCCUGGAGAUAAUACAUUCUACAGUAACAUCGACAGUAUGCCGGACAUUCGACCCCGGCGGAAGUCCAUACCACUUGUCUCUGAACUUACAAUGGCAGCAACCAAGCGUAAUGCCGGGCUGACAUCUGCUGUUCCCAGAGCCACUCUUAAUGAUGAAGAAUUGAAAAUGCAUGUGUACAAGAAGACACUGCAAGCCCUCAUCUACCCAAUAUCCAGCACAACACCCCACAACUUUGUUCUGUGGACAGCAACAUCACCAACUUACUGCUACGAAUGUGAGGGUCUGCUUUGGGGCAUUGCAAGACAAGGGGUUCGCUGUACAGAAUGUGGUGUGAAAUGUCACGAGAAAUGCAAGGACCUGCUGAAUGCUGACUGCUUGCAAAGGGCUGCUGAGAAGAGUUCAAAACAUGGAGCUGAAGACAAAGCAAAUAGUAUCAUCACUGCCAUGAAAGAACGUAUGAAGCAGAGAGAACGAGAGAAGCCAGAAAUAUUUGAACUUAUCAGGGCUGUAUUUGGAGUUGAAGAAAAAAGUCACAUUGGGCACAUGAAAGCUGUGAAACAGUCCGUAUUAGAUGGUACCAGCAAGUGGUCAGCAAAAAUAGCCAUAACAGUUAUCUGUGCCCAGGGUUUGAUUGCAAAGGAUAAAAGUGGAACAUCUGAUCCGUAUGUUACUGUACAAGUUGGAAAAGUUAAGAAGCGGACCAAGACCAUGCCACAAGAGCUCAAUCCAGUUUGGAAUGAAAAAUUUUAUUUUGAAUGUCACAACUCAUCAGAUCGUAUCAAAGUCCGAGUGUGGGAUGAAGAUAAUGAUCUCAAAUCCAAACUGAGGCAGAAACUUACACGAGAGUCAGAUGAUUUUCUUGGACAGACUAUUAUUGAGGUCCGAACACUUUCUGGAGAAAUGGAUGUGUGGUACAACCUCGAGAAGCGCACUGACAAGUCUGCUGUGUCUGGUGCGAUUCGCUUACAUAUAAGUGUUGAAAUUAAGGGUGAAGAAAAGGUCGCUCCUUAUCAUGUACAGUAUACAUGUCUUCAUGAAAACUUGUUCCAUUCUCUAUGUGAAGAGAACAGCGGAAUGGUCAAAUUACCAACAGCAAAAGGAGAUGAUGCUUGGAAAGUGUACUUUGAUGAAGCAGCAGAAGAAAUUGUUGAUGAAUUUGCCAUGAGAUAUGGCAUUGAAUCAAUAUAUCAAGCUAUGACGCACUUUCAUUGCUUAUCAACAAAGUACCUGUGCCCUGGAGUGCCUGCUGUGAUGAGUACUCUUCUUGCCAACAUUAAUGCAUAUUACGCACAUACUACAGCAUCUUCUGCUGUAUCAGCAAGUGACCGCUUUGCAGCGUCAAACUUUGGAAAGGAGAAAUUUGUUAAGCUGCUGGACCAAUUGCACAAUUCACUUCGGAUAGAUUUGUCAAUGUACCGCAACAACUUUCCAGCAUCGAGCCAAGAAAAACUUAUGGAUCUUAAGUCCACUGUGGAUCUGCUCACCAGCAUCACUUUCUUUCGCAUGAAAGUCCAAGAACUUUCUAGCCCUCCACGUGCAAGCACAGUUGUGAAAGACUGUGUAAAAGCAUGUCUUCGAUCUACAUAUCAGUUCCUCUUUGAGAACUGUUAUGAGCUUUACAACAGAGAAUUCCAGGUUGACCCAAAUGAAGCCAAAAGGGACCAAGAGGAUCAUGGGCCUCGCCUGGAUAGUUUGGAUUUCUGGCACAAACUUAUUGCACUCAUAGUGUCUGUCAUAGAAGAAGACCGCAAUAGUUAUGCUCCUGUACUGAAUCAAUUUCCUCAAGAGCUCAAUAUUGGCCAGUUGUCUGCAGCAACAAUGUGGAGCCUUUUUGCUGUUGAUAUGAAGUAUGCUUUAGAAGAACAUGAGCAGCACCGCCUUUGCAAAUCAUCAGCAUACAUGAACUUACACUUCAAAGUGAAGUGGUUACACACUAAUUAUGUGAAGGAUGUGCCUCCAUAUAAAGGAUCAGUUCCAGAGUAUCCAGCGUGGUUUGAACCAUUUGUUAUGCAGUGGCUUAAUGAGAAUGAUGAUGUAUCACUGGAAUACCUGCAUGGAGCAUUUACUAGAGACAAGAAGGAUGGUUUCCAGAGAAGCAGUGAACAUGCUCUUUUCUCAAAUUCAGUUGUUGAUGUGUUCACCCAGUUGACGCAGUGCUUUGAUGUUGUUUCAAAGCUUGAAUGCCCUGAUCCUGAGAUAUGGAAACGCUACAUGAAACGUUUUGCCAAGACAAUAGUAAAAGUAUUGGUAGAGUAUGCUGACAUCGUCAAAAAGGAGUUUCCUAUUCAUCUCAAGGAGGAGCGAAUAGCUUGCAUACUGAUGAAUAACAUACAGCAACUGCGUGUACAACUAGAAAAAAUGUUUGAAUCAAUGGGAGGUGAAAAACUUGAAGAAGAUGCAGCCAACAUUUUAAAAGAGUUGCAACAAAAUCUAAACUCUGCUUUGGAUGAUCUGGCAGUGCUUUUUGCAACAAGCCUGGAGCCUCGUAUAACAGCAAGUGUGAAAGAACUAGGAGACUUACUUUUAGCUAUCAAAGGAGGAGGGCAGGUUACACUGAAUCAGCCAUCUCAGAGACAUGCUGUGGCAGCAGAAGCAGAUGAAGUGUUGAGACCACUUAUGGAUUUGCUUGACGGAUCACUAUCACUGUAUGCUGAAUCAUGUGAAAAAACAGUUCUAAAGAGACUGUUGAAAGAGCUGUGGAAAAUAGUUAUGAGAAUACUGGAGAAGACUGUUGUGCUUCCUCCAAUGACAGACAAAAGUAUGAUUUUAAAGAACCUCACAGAUAAUGCCAAGAAUUUGGCUGCAAAUGCGAAGAUUGAAGACAUGUCUCGUCUUUUCAAGAACCACAUGGCUGGAAAACAGGAUGUAAAAAACGCUCUUAGUGGAGUAAUGGACAUCUCAAAAGAAGUUGAGAAGAAUCUCUCGCCAAAGCAGUGUGCUGUGCUUGAUGUGGCACUGGAUACAAUCAAACUAUAUUUCCAUGCAGGUGGUAAUGGAUUGAAAAAAGCAUUCUUGGAGAAAAGCCCUGAGCUCCAGUCACUUCGUUACGCUCUCUCACUGUACACGCAAACAACAGAUACUCUAAUAAAGACAUUUGUCACAACUCAGACAAAUGAAGUUCCACUUAACAACAAAUCAAACCUUAGACAACGUUCAAUAUCCAUUGAACGUGAAGAGGAAGAGGGAAUGGAAGGGCUAGAAGAGCCUCUGAAAGCCAAGAAACGUAGGGAAUCACGCCAAGAAGCACAGAGUAUUGAUGAGGGUAGUGUGGGAGAAGUUUCCAUACAGGUGGAUCUGUUCACUCAUCCAGGAACUGGAGAACAUAAAGUGACAGUCAAAGUGGUGGCAGCCAAUGACUUAAAGUGGCCCACAGUAACGGGAAUGUUCCGGCCAUUUGUGGAAGUUAAUCUCAUUGGACCUCAUUUAGCUGAUAAAAAACGAAAGCAUGCAACCAAAUCUAAAUCAAACAACUGGUCUCCAAAGUACAAUGAAACUUUUCAUUUCAUUAUUGGAAAUGAAGAGCAGCUGGAUUACUUUGAACUUCACAUAUGCAUCAAAGACUACUGUUUUGCUCGGGAAGAUCGUUUAGUUGGUGUAGCUGUAAUGCAGCUCAAAGACAUUGUGGAGCAGGGUUCAUGUGCAUGUUGGCUCUCACUGGGGAAAAGGAUACAGAUGGAUGAAACAGGUUGGACAAUUUUGAGAAUAUUAUCUCAGCGAACAAAUGAUGAAGUAGCAAAAGAAUUUGUCAAACUGAAGUCUGAUGUCCGGACGGAAAAUCCUUUACCGAACCCAACGUGAGAGUCCUGUGAUUGAUAGGUUAGUGAAUGGAAAUGACUCUUCCACCGUCCGGCAAUAUUUGCCACAAAAAAGCAGAAGAAAUGUGAAGUGAAAUGUGUGUGCAGUGAAGUUUGUUAGGUAACUAUGGCUUUAAGUGAGCUGGUACAAAUUACCAUUGAUCACAAAAAUAAAUAAAUAGAUAAAAAAUAAAUAAAGAGACAGUAUAAAGAUUUGGAAAAACCAACACCAUUCCAUGUGAUUGCUAAUCGAAAGGAGGAAACUGCAAUAGCAGAAGUUUUUACAAAAGGAAUCGCACAUAAUAUAAUUACAGAAAUGAAGGAAAUGAAACAGCUUUUGUAUUUCAUUUACAAAUUAUCUUUUAAAGAAAAAAGUAAUAAAAUUUAUCCCAAAAAAUGCUUGUUUCGCUGGCUCAAGCAACAUACAAGACCAUAUUCUGAAUUUCUGUAAUCACAGGAACAGUCAAAAGUUUUCAGCAAUACACAUAUGUGCUAUUGUUAAAUGUUUGGCGAUGUACAUGGCUUGAAAAGACUUUAUUCAGUGAAUGGAAAUUGUGACCAAGUGAUGUUAAUGUGCUUCAAAGACACACUGUCUCAUUCACCCAUGUGCUCUCCUCACAUUUUCAUAACUAGACCAAUGGUUACAAUGUAUACAUAGACUCCAAAGGCAAGAUGUGCUUUUUUGAAAAACUUUUGCAUCUUGUCUUGAAUGAAACUGCAUUUUAUUAUUCUAAAUGCUCCAACAAAGCACCAAUAAUGUGCCCCCUCAUUAAGUUCCAUGUGAGACAUUGUUAAAAUAUUUCAUGUUCUCUUUGCUUCAGAACACUGGUAUCCAACUAUUUCACUGUGAUAUUUUUGAGGCUACCUGCCUUCCAGCCUCUUUGACAGGUCAUAUCGACCGCUUAAGAUCUCUAUUUCUCUCUUUAUCUUCCAUAACACAGUAAUAGCUUUUUAAAGAAAAAUGUAUGCUCAUGUGCAUAUGCAUGUACAUAAAAAUUAGAUCACUGAUAAAAACUCAGUCACAAAUGAUUUACGUAUUCUGUUAUCCUCAUCAGAAAUUAUAAAGCAGCGGUCAUGAAUCACUUUAUUUUUGUUACAGUGAUGUUACUGAGUAUGAUUCAAUUGUUCACUGACUAUGAAUGCUUGUAAAUAAAAUCUCAGCCUUGAGCAGUAUAAGGAAGAUGUUCAUUUUCUGUUUGGUUGUAUUGAUAAAAAGCAACAUAAUAUCAUUACUAAUAACACAAUGAAGUUAUAAUUCUACAAUUACAUAGAAGUGAUAUAUGGGAUGCAGCUUUGAAGAGAAAUUUUUGUUGUAAGUUCUCUGCAAUAAAAAGGCUGAUGAGAAUGACAUGUUUAUGUAAUCAGACUUUGAUCUUUCAGUUAAAAUAAUUUUCAUUUGUUGUAUCAUCAAUUGCAUAAUCUCCUUAACAUAAAUACUUGUGCCUACACAGUGUAUGUGAACAAGAAACUAAAACAAAAUUCUGCUGCAUUGUUUGUUAUAACUAUAUACAAAAAUGUUGUCUGGGUGGUAGUGAAACAUCAGUUGAAAACAUCCCAUAAUAAUGUUUAUUGCAUUGUUUCCUACCUUUGUCAUGCUUUGUUACUGCCAUAUAGAUUACUGAAGGUGUUGUAGCAGUUUGUAAGCACAUUGAAUCUUGAAGAUAACUAUUUUUAUAUGUCACAUUUUCAGACUCUGAAGAAAGUAAUGAAUUUUUCGGUCUACAUGACUAUCUCAGUUCAUGUGCACAAAAUACUUUUUUGUAAGUUCAGUUUAUUUCAUAAGAGAAAUAUUAUUAAAUAAUUUCAUAGAGUAUGUGCAUAUUUUGCUAGUAUUAUGGAUUAUACACAGAUUUCCUGUGGUUUUGUCUGCAUUACAUCUGUGUUCCAUUUACAGUUAUAAAGUGGGUUCAUGAAUUACCUUUGUAAGGAGAUGCAGUUUUGCCUACAGGGCAACAGCUUAUAAUUGUGAAACAUGUUGAAAUAUGUUUGCAUCAAGUACAGCAAACCAUUAAAGCUUUUUGAAAGAGAAACAUAUGUAAUGCACUAAGACCUUCCCAUUUACAAGAUUAAUUGUCGUGUGCUUAGUUUUAGUUUCUAGUUCACAAAAAUAUUCAGUCAGAUAAUUUGGUACUUAUGAUUGUUAAAAGAAAUAGAUUUGAUAGGAAGAUGCUAGAUGCCUCUGAUGGGAACACUUGAAGGAUGCAGGUAGUCAGACAUCUUUAACAAAUUUUACACGUAUUAUUUGCCAUUCAUGCCAGUAGGUUAUCUUUAUUUAAAUAUAAUUGCCUGGUCACUCGAAGUCGUCAUUGUUCCUUCGAGUCCUGCUGCUAACCUGUUAAUCUUGUUUCCACUUUGGUACCACAAAUACAUUUCAGUUUUUCUCCUGAGGCAUACACUACAUAGAAUUCUAGACUACUUUUUGUAAUCAUGCUAUGAGUAAAGUUUGUGUUAAAUACUUGCUUACAAGUACAAAAUGGGGCCAAAAAGCAAAGUAUACUUAUCUUUUAUUCAGACAGCAAAUAAUGUGUGCAGAGAUAUUUGAAUGACACAUUUUAAGUACAAAAUCUUUGUAUUGCUAUCAGAUUGUAUCAGCUGAUAUAAAUUAAUCACAUAGUUACAGAAAAUCAUGUUUUUACUCUGAAUGUGAUACAUAGGUAUCUGUUAUACCUUUGCAAGCCCAAUAGUUUUUUUCUUUCUUUCUUUCUUUCUUUCCUUUUUUUUAAUUGUACCCUGUGCUUUCUUACAUGGAUUCAGAUGACCUGCAGAGAAAUUAGAGAAAUCGGUUAAUACUAGUGAUAAAGAAACAGAAUUAUGGAAAAUUUUGAUAGUACACACCGGUGUACAUCAACAGACCAUAUUGUUUAAUUUAAUUUCCCAAUAACCCAUAUUGUUUUAGUGAACUCUCCCAUAUACGUUUUUCUCAUGUCUUUAUUUUUGCAAUUUAAAUGGAAUUAAAUUUACACAUAAUUGAUACCCGAUAUAAUUCAAUUUACAGUGGUAAUAUUGAAACAGAAAUAUUUUCUGAAGAAUAGAACUUCAUUCAAAAUCAGCUAAAGUAAUUAAUUUAAUAAAACAGUAACAUAAGUAAACCUCAAAUUUAAACUUAUGUUGAAAAGCACAAAUAUGAAUGAAAAUUCUGUUUUGUGGCUAUUUGAAUGAGCACAUAGUCUGGAAUGGAAAUGCAGCCAUUUGAGUGGAAACAGUUUCAUAAAUUAAUUUUGCAUGUGUUACAAAUAUGAACUUUCAGUUUCAGGUUCAUUUCAUAUUUUCAAAUUCUCUGAACUACAGUACACUAGAAAUAAAACAUCAAAUUUAUAUUCAUUAUUGUGAUUUCUUACAAAUGAAACAUUUUUGUACUCCGAAACACAUUGUAACGAAAAUAUUAGUGUGUUAAGUAAAAUAUAUUCACUAAGAAGUCAGACUUGUUACCUGCAACAGAAAAAAAUCAUAAAGAUUAAAAAGGAUUACAGCAUGCCCUUUGUAGUGAUGUUAUCAGUUCCUAACUACAUCAAUGGUCAUUUAAAUAAGUUUAAAUGUCAUCACAAAUAAAUGAAUCAGAAACACAGACAUAUGAUAGAAAGUGUAUUCCAUACAUAAAUAUAUUACUUGGCUUUAAGGUACUGGCAGUUCUUUUUCUGAGUCACUGAGCAAUAUAUUUCUGUAACUAUAUGGGACUUACCUUUUCAGGAAAAAUUAAUUAAAUCACACUUCUUCUAAAAUUAUUAUACUAACCUGCAUCAUCUUUCAUUAAAUUCUUAUAAAUUAUGGUUCCUGUCAAGUAUCUUAGCUUGUUCCUUUCAAAUUAUAUCUAAUUCUUAUAGUAUUACUCUUUUCAAACAGUUCUUUUUUAUUUUUAGUGUCUAUAAUAUAAUGUUUUGAUAUAAAUUGCAGUACAUUAAGUAUUUUAAAUGAACCAAAAAUGAAACUGUUACACUUACUGACAAUACAGUAUUUACUAUUGUCUGCAUGACAUUUCAAAAGAUGUUAACAUAGAUUUCAAAUUCUACCAGUAGGCAUAAUUAUAAUCAAAAGGCAGAAACUGCAAUAUUUGAGAAUGUUUGAAGUUUAUUUUGAAUUGCAAUCUGCCUGUGCUGUUCUUUUGUAUUUUUGUCAUAUCUCUAGUCAUAAUAUAAACUAUAUGAAAAUCAUGUCCCAAUGCUAUUGUUCUUUGUUAUAAACAAGAGGACAGAUAACAAAAAUGUUGUUAAAAGUACAUUUUUCUAUAUGAAUGUGUAAACACUAAAUUAAUUUUAGUGUAGCAAGUAACUAAAAAUUCCAGCUACGUAAGAAACAUUUUUGAAUGAGCAUGUAAUUAUUACUGUAUUGUAUAAACUAUGAUAAAUAUAAUUCUCCUGUUCUUCCAUUAUAAUUGAAAAGUGCUCCAUUGGUGUGAUGACAUGUUGAUAUUUCAACUUCCUGUAGCCACACUUUGUUGGAAAAAUAUGUUUGAGAUUUUUUUCUGAAUAGAAGUCUUUGUGGUAUUUUCUAACUGAUAAAGUGGAUUUUACUUUUACUGCAUAAUUAAGUGCAUGUUGCAGGCCAUAAGCACCAUGUGGAAGCUUUAUUCAGAAAAAAGUGUUUAUAGUCACAGAACAAAGUAAACUGACAUUUGAGUAACAAAGAAUGAUGCUAUUCAUGAAAUAUGACACUGAAUAAAUAGAAGUCAUACUUGUAAGAAAGCUCAUUAUGCAUACACGGUAGCAUCUGAUAGCAAUGCUAGUGAUUUUUAAAAAGAUAAAAUUUAGUCCAACAAAUUCACCCACUUCUUUUCUCCUAUAUUUUGCUAUGUAAGAAA